AUGAGAAAUACACUUUUUACUGCUGAUCGUAAACUGAAGUGGGAUAGUAGUACUUGCGCCACCUGUUGCCUCUGCAAUAUUGGAGAUGAGUCACGAAACCACCAGUUUUUCCAAUGUGUUUACUCUGCUGAGAUAUGGAACAGCUUAACUAAAGGUUUGCUGGGACAGUAUUUCACCACGGACUGGACUUCUCUUGUUCAGGUUCUAGCCAACAACGAUCGGGACAGCCAAUGCCAGCUUAUCGCUUGCUAUGCUCUUCACAUUGCUAUCCAUUCAGUUUGGAAGGAGGGGAAUCGUGGCAACCACGGUGAACCUCCCUUAUCUGCUACCACUCUGCACAAGAUCAUCGACAAGAACAUCCGAAAUCUUCUCGUCCUGUUAGUCAACUCCCACGAGAAGCAAUAUGAGGGGCUUCUUCAAAUUUGGUUCGGUACCAAAGUUUAA